CUGUGACCUGUGCAGAUGACCUCAGCUGAGAAGGCGCCUUAGAGAGGCCGGAGGAAGAGGAAGAAAUGGCUGGUUCUCAGGGAUUGUUAACAUUCAGGGAUGUGGCCAUAGAAUUCUCUCUGGAGGAGUGGCAGUGCCUGGACCCUGCUCAGUGGGAUUUGUAUAGGGAUGUGAUGUUAGAGAACUACAGAAACCUGCUCUCCCUGGGUCUUGCUGCCUCUAAGCCGGACUUGAUCACCUUUCUGGAACAAAAACAGGAGCUCUGGAGUGUGAAGAGACAUGAGGCAGUAGUAGCCACACACCCAGAUAUAUUUUCUCAUUACACCCAACAUCUGCAGAAAAAGCAAUGCAUAGAAACUCCAUUCCAGAAAGUAAUAUUGGGACUAUUUGAGAGUUGUGGCCUUGAAAAAAUACACUUAAAGAAAGACUUGGAAAGUGAGGCUGGGUGUGAAGGACAGAAUGAAUGUUAUGACACUGACAGAAAAGAACAAAUAUAUAAAACAUUUUGGAAUAAAUCUCCAUUUAUUUCAGUUACUUUUGCUGAACCAAAUGUCUCCGUAAGUAAAUAUCAACAUCAACAUUUGGAAUAUAAAGUUUAUCAGAAAGAAAAUUUGGAAAAUUUAAACAAUGACCUAGGCCAUAUUCAAAAUAAUGAUUUGGAUCAAUUAAAAUGUAAAAUUGGGUUAAAUGGUAAGUCAAAUAUUUCUGAAGAUCUGAGAUUUAAAAAUGAAGGAAAGAUUUCUAUAUGUGAUCAAUUUGAUGGGCCAUUUUUAAAAAGUUUAUUAUACUUCCACCAAAACCAUGCCAAAAUCUACAACUUUGAUCAGUAUGGGAAGGUCUUUACCCAUUCACCGUUGCUUCAGCAAUAUCCAGGAACAGAGAAUUGGGAAAGACAUCACACCUGUAACAAGUCUUCAAUAUCCUUUAGCCAGGGCUCUACCCCAAGCUGUUACCAGAAUAUUUAUCUUGAAGACAAAAAUUAUCAAUGUCCUAAUUCUGAUCAAACCUCUAACCAAGGCUCUAGCCCUAGAAAAUAUCAGAAAAUUCAUUUUCCAGAGAACCAUUGCAAAUGUAAAAAAUGUGACAAAGUCUUUCAUCAACACUCGGAGCUUAUUUUCCAUCAGUGUAUUCAAGUUCAAGAGAAGUCUUACGAAUGUGAUAAAUGUUUAGAAGCUUUUACCCAGUCAUCAAAUAAUACUCAACAUCAAGGACUCUAUUUUGGAGUAAACUUAUACAGAUAUAACAAAUGUGAGAAAGUCUUUAGUCAUUCAUCAAAUCGAAAAAAAUAUGAGAUAAUUCAUACUGAGGAGAAACCCUACAAAUGUAGUGAAUGUGGCAAAGCCUUUAAUCAUAGUUCACAUCUUACUGAACAUCAGAGAAUUCAUACUGGAGAGAAACCCUACAAAUGUAAAGUAUGCAGUAAAUCUUACACUCAUUCUUCAAGUCUUAUUCAGCAUCAGAGAAUUCACACUGGAGAGAAACCUUACAAAUGUAAUGAAUGUGGCAAAGCCUUUAAUCACAGUUCAAAUCUUACUCAACAUCAGAGAAUUCAUACUGGAGAGAAACCCUACAAAUGUAUAGAAUGUGGCAAAGCCUUUAACCGUAGUUCAGAUCUUACUGAGCACCAAAGAAUUCAUACUGGAGAAAAACCCUACAUAUGUAAAGCAUGCAGUAAAUCUUUUACUCGUUAUUCAACUCUUAUUCAUCAUCACAGAAUUCAUACUGGAGAGAAACCCUACAAAUGUAUAGAAUGUGGCAAAGCUUUCAACUAUGGUUCAAAUCUUACUGAGCACCAGAGAAUUCAUACUGGAGAAAAACCCUACAAAUGUAAAGCAUGUAAUAAAUCUUAUACUCAUUCUUCAAGUCUUAUUCAGCAUCAGAGGAUUCACACUGGAGAAAAACCUUACAAAUGUGAAGAAUGUGGAAAAGCCUUUUACCUUAGUUCAACUCUUAGCCGACAUAAGAGAACUCAUAGUAGAAAAAUUCUAUAGAUGUAAUAAAUAAGGAAAGCAUUUUAUCAAAAAUACAAAAGAAAUUUCAAGAAAGAUCAUAGAGAAAGAAACUUUACAGAUGCAAUAAGUAAGGGAAGUAUUUAAUUAAAACUGACCUAAUUGUAUCAAGGGAUUCAGAAAAAAGAAUUAAAGCAGACACUUUAAAACUUUACACCAAACCAGAGUAUUUAUUACUGAGAACAAUCUAAAGUGAAAACAGUUAUAUAAUUGAUACAUGUGUUUCAAAGAAGCAAGAACAUUGAUAUUUGGACAUUUACAAUUAUCCUGAGAUUCAAAUACAAUAAAUACUUUAUUUGUAUUGACAGUAUUUGAGGUGUUUGAAAAGUAUUAUUGAUGUAAUUCAACUCUCAAAUCAGUGGAUGUUAUGCCUUAAUCUGUUGAGUUUAUAUGAAAAUAUGUCAUCUAUUGUUUCUGCAUCAGAACUGGACAACAUUCUAUAUCAGGUGGACAUCAUUAAUAUCAAUUUUGUAAUGGAUGGAUAAUGGCAAAUGUAAAAUAUGUGAAGCAAACCUUAAAGAAUGUGCUCUUUGUGUUUGGACUGUAAAGCAGUGAUGCAUCUGUGCACAGAGUACAUGUCCAGUGUAUUCUUUUCCUGUAUCAAGAAGGAGAGAAACAUUCUGAAUUUUCUAAGUAAACUCUUUUGCCAAUUGUUUUUCAAGUAGCAAAAUCUGGCCAGUUGGUUAAUAUAUUGAGAUGUCUUUAUAGUAGAAUGAAGUAGAACACUUGGGUAUUAUUUGAUGUGAUAGAAAACAUAGUAGAAGAGGUGAAUAUCAUUGGACGUGAUAGAAGUAAAUACAUCUUCACAGGUAUCA